AUGAAGGAUAUUUUAAUACAACUGCAAUCUCAAUUCAGCGACAGGUUUGGUGAUUUUGAAAAAGUUUCAAGUAAACUGAAGGUGUUUGCAAACCCUUUUUCAUGUGAUAUUGAGGAAGUACCGAGUAAUUUACAAAUGAACAUGAUUGAUCUCCAGUCCAAUGAUGUUCUUAAAAGCACUUUCUAUGAACUCAAAGAUCUUGUUGAGUUUUAUGAAAAAAAUAAAUGUGCAUCUCGUCUCACAGAUGAGCAUUUGAGAGCCAUUUUACGAAUUGCAACUACAAAUAUGACAACUAACAUACAAGAAAUAGCCUCCCAAAUAUAA